AUGGAACAAUAUUUUUCAGAACUAGUUUCGUUAAUCAAAUCUAGUGAUACAAUUUCUAGUAUCGAUCCUAUUCUCUCCUCAUUCGACGAUCAAGAAGAUGUCAAUUUUUUUCUUUCACGAGAAAGACACUGCAAUCCAAAUUUUACUUCUGAACAACAAUUAAUUACCCGAAUUCACCAGUAUUUAUCUGUUUUAACCAAUACUAUCGAAUUUCAAACAUGGAAUGCUAAUAUUGACAAAAUAUUGAAAGAAACUAUUCUAAAACAAAUGUUGAAUGACUUCACCGAGGUUCAACGAACUAUUAAAGAUAAUCUUGGCAAGCCUAAACAAUGGAGAGCAGCUCUUUGGCAAAAAUUAACAAAUGAUAAUCGAUAUAAUCGAUUGACAGUGUCACCAAGAUUGCGAUCUGUUGAACGGAAAGUGUCACCAUCACAUCUUCGUUUGUCACCCGAACCAAAUCGCGCGGUAAGUGCUACUCGGGAUCGAAACAGAUUGGUUGCUUCAGAAAGUGAAAUCCUCGCAAUUCUAACGCGAUCUUCCAAGAAUGUCGGGACUUUGAAGAAUAUUUUACCUAUCCUGGAUCGGUUGAUAUUUGAUAUUAAACAUAAUUACAACAUUCAAAGUAUCAUACAACAAUUUAAUACUAAUUUUCAAAAGAUUCGUACAGAAUGGAAAGAUCGAUUGACGCCAGAAUGGAUCGUCACAGGCGAUAGUACAUCGAAUUUAGAAAAAUUUCUCUGGAACCCAUUGACGUAUCUGGCAUCGAUCGGUGCGUAUCCCACUACAACGAUGAUGAUACACGAUAAGAAAACAUUUACUGGCCAAUGGGUGGCAGGUGCAGUUAUGGCUCAUAUCGAUAUUCAUCAUAUUCUACAUGCUGAAAAACAUUAUCAAUCUGGCAAGAUGGAUAGUUCUCUUUUCUUCGAUUUUCAUCUGGAAACAUUUCGUCAAUUGUAUCACUUAAUUGAACAAUUAUCGAAUAACACAGAAACACACGUCAAUAACAAUUUAAAAUUUAUAUUAAAUAUGUGUCUACGAUUAUUCACUACUCAUUUGAGAUAUCUCUCAUUAUUAACUAGUGGUGAUUGGAUCGAAUAUCCAACCGAAGAAGAAUGGCAAACUUGGUUCAAUACAUUACUUUCAUUGACGACGAAUGAAUCCGAAAAUACUAUCUGUGCUCGACAAGCAGCGAAAGCAAUGAUUUGUAUUCUUGAAAAACAAAUCUUAUCAUUUUCAGACAGAUUAAUUUACAUGUCUCAAUAUAUUCUAGAAAAUAGAUAUCCUAUCUUAACCGAAGAAUUUUCGAUUACAUUGACUCAUAAUACAAAUAUAAUGGCUUGGAUUGAUUAUUUAUGUGAUGAGCAUGAAGAAAAGAAUCAGAUUUGGGCGAUUCUGAUCUCAUUGAUCAAUCUGUAUGAUCAUUCAUCAAGAUCGAUGCAACAAAUUCUAGAACGAUUCCAACAGUUACUCUUUGUUCGACUGAUCAACGGUGAUACGUCUAUCAUUUCUGUGUUCAUUCAAUAUCUCUCAUUAUUUUUCAAUCAAUGUAUGAUCGACAAUAAUUUAUUGGCAUCCUUUCUGGUCGGUUUAAGUGUUCUGAAUGUAAUUGAAGAUCCAAUGCGUUUUACUACAAUUUACACGACUAUAUUACCUAUAUUAUCUGAUUUCAUCUUGAAACAUAUCGCUCAAUCAGAAAUAAACGACAAACCUCAAUUUCGAUUUACUGCUUGGUUGUUAGGAAAAAUCAGUCAUUUACUGAUCACAGGUCCACCUAAACAUUUACUAGAAAUAAAAUAUGCUGAGAUAUUAAAAUCACCGUUAUUCUCUUGUGGAUGUGAAACAAAUACGAUGAAUGAAGCAUUAUUUCAAUCUAGCAUGGCUUCAUAUAGUCAAUUAACAUUAACAGAUCAUAUCGUAGAAACAACGUCCGAUGAUCAAGAAUUUCUGAUGUCAGUGUACAACAAUACUGAUUCAGGUGCGCAGCUACUAUCGAAAAUGCGAACUUUUAGUAAAGAUAAACAUCGUUCUCUACAAAAAUCUAUUGAACAACAAGCCAAUAAUGCAUGUGCUCAUCUCUUUGCAGUCUAUCUCAAACACUAUCGUCAAGUUAAUUUAGCGAUAGAAGAACUAUCUCGUAUUAAUACGACCAAACCGCAUCAAAAAUUGUUGUCUCUAUAUGAAUAUGCUAAUCGUGUCCAAAUGACUUUUGCCACAACGCGAGGACAAGGUGGUAAUUGUGAAGAACUCUACGAACAGAUUCGAAUGCGAACUCUCUUUUUACUUUCUUCCAUCAAAGAAAGUCAAUGGAUUCCCAUUAUCGAAAGUUCUCAACAACGAUCAAAGAACAAAUCUUCUCGACUACUACAACAAACAUUUAAUGUUUGUCUACGAUUUAAAAAACUGAUGACAGCCAAUAAAAAACACAACGAUCAAAAAGCAAAUCGUGAAGAAGUAAUGCAUCGCACCAUUGUUAGCUAUGUUUAUGGAGAUCAAAGUCGAUGGGAAUUGGAUGAACUUCUUCAAUGUAUGUCUUAUCAACAUGAACGAGCCAUGCUUCGAUGGGUUACAUAUCGAUUUAUUUAUACAUUUCUUCAAAAAUGUAUUCAAAUUGAAGAAAAUCAUCAAAUGAUGAAUUUUUUAACUAUCUUUUUACUGAAUAUAAGAGGUACUGAUAUUGAAUGGUCUUACUUAGACAAUAUUCCAGCAGUCAAUAGUCGUUGGAAAGAAGAGAUUGGUAAAGUCUAUUAUUCGAUGGUAAAUUUUCUUCUCUUGACUUUAUCACAAAACAAUACAAAACCAGUGAGUCUUGUAUUUCAUGUCUUGAAUUUAACGUAUACUAGUAACGAUAUUCAAUAUUUACAUGAUUAUGAAUUUCCUCAAAGAUUAUUUACACUCUUUGUUACUUCCUGCAAUCAAUCCGUUUCAUUCGAAUCUAAAUUCAUUGCAUAUCAAUGGUUUCGUUUGUAUGUUUUACAAUUAUGGGAACAGACGACCAAUGAGGAAACCAUCAAAACAUUAUCUGAAGAAAAAUGGAUUUUUAAUGAAUUGAAAUAUUUAUUCUCUGUAGAACAAAAUCAAGUAUCAAAAAUUUCUUUUCAACAUGUAGCUCUUGGAUCAGAAAAACAUGAAAUUAAUCAAUACUUAAUACUACUACUUCGAUGUAUCACAGUCUAUGAACAUAUCCGAAAUCGAUGUGCUACUUUAGAAUAUUUCAAUCAAUUAUGGCAAAUGUAUCGAUGCAGUACAAAUCUGAUCACUACUCUACUAGUACUGAAAAUAUUACGACAAAUUCUUUUGUUUCUACCGAAAGAGCAAGUCACCAUUUUGAUGAAGAAUUUUUUAGCAGAGAUUCUAUCGACGAUUAGCAAUAGUAUUCGAUCGAAAGAAAAAUCUUCGGAAAUCAUUACUGAAUUAAUUUAUAUCUAUCGAUCGAUCAUUUCUACUGCAUCACCAUGGCAGCAAAUCGCAACUGAACAUAUCUUUAAUAUUAUCAUUUCGAAUUUCAAUUCAUUUACACCCAAUAAUACAGAUCAAAUGAAUCAUUUACUGGCUUGUUUGAGUAUUUUGGGCGGAUACAUUCAUCCAUUUGGUAUCGGCUCCAUCGUUCAGAUCUAUGUUGAAGAUCAAUUCGAUCAAGAAACUCAAUUAGGAGUAAUCAUAGAGAUUGAUAUGAAUAGUGUCUUUCCUUAUUUAGUUCAAUACUGUCGAACUAAUCAAACUAGAUGGGUUACAGUCGAUCAAUUGCGUAUUGAACUCGAUGUAUUACCACCUAAUCUACUCGAUCUACCCAUUGAUCAUACAACCAUUGGUAAGAUGUUUGAUGCUUUGAUCGAUUUUGUCGAACUUGACGAUUCACUCUUCGAUUCCCUUCUGAUUCUAUCAUUGAAACGUCGUUCAAUUGGUGUUUUGUAUCGUUUAAUGACCAGUAAAAAACUGUUAGAAAUUUUCAUGGAAAAACCAUAUGUAUUAAUUAUUGCAAAACUUUCAACGACGGCUCUAUCCACUAUUCAUUGUCUACAACCGACUGAUUUACAUUUAUUGAAUAAACGACAUUUGGAACAAUACUCCCUUAGUUUGGAUCGAUGUGAACAUCCGAAACAAAUUAACGAUGAAUUACAAUUUCAUGUUUGGCAUAAUUCACCUUUCAAAGAAGAAGCGCUAAUGAUGAAUAUUGAUUACACGAAUCUAGACAAUAGCCAAUGGAAACCUGUGGGAUCGAAGCAGUUUGUAGAGGAUUUUAAACGAGGCCGUGUUGGUAACGAAGAUAUUCGUAUCGCACCGAUGAUGCCUGAAAUUACCACUCAAUGGAUGUUAGAAGAAUGUGGAACCCAUCAUCGAUUUCCUGGUCGAAUGUAUUUAAUGAAUGAAACUGGUGGUACUUCGUCGAUUACGUUCACUGUGGGUGAUUUACGUCUGACUUACGGUAAAUGGUAUUUCUGUAUUCGUCUGGUGGAAAGUCAAUUCUUACAGAUUGGGUGGGCAACAAAUGGUUUCAAUCCUGGUACUACUGCUGAAGUCAGUCAGGAUCAAUAUUCAUGGUUUUAUGAUGGAUCUCCUUUUGGCACAGAUGAUAUACGUUGGAAGAGUAAUGAUGUUUGUGGAUGUGGAAUUGAAAUUGAUGGAAAUAAUACUCGAAUUAAUUAUUGGUUAAAUGGACAUUUUUUAGGUACGACUUUUGCUCACGAUUUUCCCGUUGGUUCGACUGAAACGAUAUGUAAUAUGCGACCUAAUGGAUCUGAAACUACUUAUUAUCCAUGUGUAACUUUACGAGUGAAUGAUACAUCACUUUUCAGCACUUGUGAAUGGAUUUUCGAUCCUGAAGAUAUGAGCGAAUGUCCAUUACCGAUUGGUUACAAACCUUUACUAUUACCAACCAUACUCACCGUAGUAAGAUAUCCAUUUAGUGCCUAUAUGUUAAGUACCGAUGAUCGAGACAAUCUUUAUCGAUCACGUUCUGCAUCUUCAAAAAUGUUCUUACGUGAUUUUGUCAAUCAACAUCAUUUAGAAACCGAAUUUCUUGUUGAUGCUAAUCGAUUGAUAUUGACAGAAGAAAGUCAUGGAUUUCCAUUCAUGAUCGAUCAUCUUGGUUCAUGGACAAUCAGCUUCGACUUUGAAGUUUUAUUCAAUCAUUCACAAAAGGAUAUUUGCCUUUUGACACUAGGAACAACAUCGUCCAUACGAAUACCAUUCGAAAAAGUAACCAAUAACACUCGUAUAGCUAUUGUAUUCUGUGUCAAAAAUCAACAAAUAAAAACGUAUAUUAAUCAUGAAUACAAUAUAUCGAAAGUCUCCGUCAUUAUUCCACUUACACUUCAUCUUUUGCCUAUGAUUGCUGUUAAAAUGCGAAAUCUCGGUUUUUGGAAAGAUGCUCUACCAGAAGAACAAAUUCGUUAUCUGCUCAAUUCGGGAUUAUCUCAUAUUAAUUCCGAUUAUCAUCGAUUAACCACAUAUCGAAAAUUAGCAAAUACAUGGACAUUCAAAGCUAAACAACAAGAUUUUCUAGAUGAAUCUCUUGUACUUAUGAAUCAAGUCAGAUGCGAAACAGCAAAAGAUGAAACUGAACAAUCUGCUAUAGAACUAUAUGGAAAUACAACUUAUCUUGUUUUAAAUAAGUCAACUCGUCCAUGGUCAGAAUAUACACUGAUUCUUGAUAUUCAAAUUGAUCAUUUACCAGCACAGAACGAGCAAUUGACAUUAAUUACUUUAAAUUCAAAUGUCAGCAUUUAUCUGACACACGAAGGACACUUAUGUGUAACAGUACAUCAAACGAAAAGUCAUUCAACAUUGAAAUUAAAUCAAUAUGUACGUCUAGUAAUCACUGUUGGAGGUUCGUCAUUGAAAUUGUAUGUCGAUGGUGUAUUGUAUCUUGAUGUCAACAUCAAUGAACAUCAACUACUGAUCAACGAUGAUCAUAUUGAUUUGUUUCGUGAACAUAAUAUAACCAAGAAUGAUAUACUUCGCAUCAAAUGUAAAUCGAUUACUUUCAUGACAAACUGUAUCACCGAUAUCAACGAUGAUCUCGAAUCUUCCAAUCAUUCAUUAGACCAUUUAGUUGCACCGCCUUAUUCUAUCCUUGCUCCGAAUUUAAUUCUCAGUGGACAUGAUCAAUCAUUGAUCAAAUCAGUAUUAAAACAACAUCCAACAAGCAAUAUUUAUUUGAUCGAUCAAAUUCUUCGUGAACAACAUGAAACAACGAUAAAAGCUAUGCAAGACAACAAGCCACUACGUCAAAACAAUCUUCUUACGAAAAUGAAUCCAUCCAUUGAUAAAUACAAACUAAAGAAUCUUCUUCAAUUUUCAAAUUUUGAUACUGAUGAAAAGAUUAUUACACUUGGUACAGUUCUCUUUGAGCAUUGGACUACACUGCAAGUAUCAAAUCCAUCACUAUCUUCUGACAAAAACUGGUUCGAUCAAGCUGUACAUCAUCUAGAUAUUAACAAGCAGUUCAAUGAAUGGAUUAACGAUUCAUCUCUGGCUACUAUUCAAGGAAGUGAUUUAACGUAUCAAUUACUUGAUUUAAAUCGACCUUCAUCAGAACAAAUACAGACUAUUGAUCAUCAUUGGAAAAAGACUCAAUAUUCUCAUCAUAAUAUUCCUCGUGAUCAAUUUAUUACUUUACGAACUGCCUGUGAACAUGGAUUAAUCUCGAUUUAUGCUCAUUAUACUAUCUUAACGAUGUUACAAGUUUGGUCUUCAGAUGGAUCAACUUUAUUUCCAUUAGAAAAAUUCGGAGAUUAUACAUUUCUAUUAACAUUAUUUCGAUUGUUAGAUUAUCAUUAUAAUAAUACUCGAUUGCAUACCGAUGAGAGUAUCGAUCGAAUGAGUUUAUUAAUUAAAACAAUUCUCAAUGUAGAAAUCAAUCAAUUACUUAAACAUCAGCCAGUUACAGAUGAUUCAUUGUCGAACUUAGCUCCACUUCUCUAUCAACUACAAAAGAAUCUCAGUAUACAAAUGAUUCAACUGGUUGCCAAUCCAUCCUUGUUAGUCGAUGAUGAUGACAAGCAUCAAUCGACAAAAAUGAUUCAAAAACCAAAUUUGAAAUUCAUUCUUAAAAUAUUGAAUCUCUUUCUUUUAUUACUAACUGAAUCAUUUGCAAGAAAACAAAUUGAUAUUGAUUUCUUAGUUCCUAUCGUUUUUCCAACAAUUUUAAUCGAAUAUUUGUUCGAUUUAUUUCUUCUAUGUCCAAUGCAUCAAACAAAAAUAAUAAUACUUCGUCUUUUCAUUGCAUUGAUUCAAACAAGUCAACAACUUCAGUUGAGUAAAUCUGUUCGAAAUUUCUUCUUUCAUUUGUUUACUCAGUUACCAUCUGAUUCUACGUCGAUAUCAAAUCCUACACUGAAAACAUUUCAAAUAACAAUUUUAGAUUUAGUUUAUCUAUUAUCCGAACGAUAUAAAAAUGAUUUGAUAGAUUAUAAUUUUUCUCAAUCAUUUCAUAAUUUAUUAAAUUUUCUUGAUACUGUAAAUGCGCUAAAUAAUCGAACAAAACGUACUACAUUUCCAGAAUUGUUCAUCUUUAACGGCGACUUUCAAUUCACUCGAGAUGAACUUGAACAAUCACAACAUUAUUUUGAUAUGACUGCUGAUUUUCAAUUGAUUGAUUAUAUUAAUCAACAUCUGCUGACAAAUCAAUCAUUUACGACAUUGAUUACUAGUCUACCAACUGAUACUACACUUAAUUCAACUCAUUACAAAAAUUAUCCAUCUUUGUGGCAUAUUCGAGCGCGUUGUAUCCAGACACGUGUGAAAUUCUUCUUUUUAUUCAGUGUAUCCGCUGAAAAACUCGUUUCGAUUGUCGAUCUUAGUCUUCCGAUUGGACAAAGUUUUCUUACUGAUAAAUUUCGAUCGGCUCGUUCGUAUGUUUUGCGUACUACUAAAUUUCAAUUAUUGAAUUCAACUUUGAUCGUCACGGAAUUACCCUCAGAAGACAACAUUCCAUCGAUCAAUUUUGAUACUAUUCAAGCAAGUACUACAAACACCAAAACGAUGUUCUAUCAAGCAUACGUACAACUACAUCCGAAUGCUCAUAUUCUUUUUCGACGACAGGAUGAACGUCUCUGGCGAGCACAAUAUCUUGCCAUGCAUAGUACGGAUGCAGGUGGACCUUAUCGAGAUUCUAUCACGUGUCUUUGCGCGGAUAUUUGUAGUGAACGUCUGCCAUUAUUUAUUCUUUGCCCUAAUGGACGAAUGAACGAUGGUUUAAAUCGUGAUCGUUGGAUUCCAAAUGUUUUUCCGCCGAAUAAUUCGAUUCCUAAUGAUAUCAAAAAACAGUAUCGAUUUGUUGGUCAAUUAUUAGGCAUGGCGAUACGAAAAAAAUUCUAUUUGGAUUUAAAAUUUCCCACUUUUCUAUGGAAACAACUAGUGAAAGAUGAGGUAACUAUGGAAGAUAUCUUCGCGAUUGAUAUACAAAGUUUUACUUUGAUUAAUGAAAUGGAAAAGACUUUUCAUUCUGCAGAUCCAGAGAACGAUGCAUUGACUGAUAUUCUUGAAGAAUUACGCUUUGAAGCAGUUAGUGCUAGUGGGCAAACGUUUGAAUUGAUACCUGGUGGACGUAAUAUUCCAAUUACCUUGCAGAAUCUAAAAGAAUAUUGUUCGAGUUAUCGUCAAUAUCGUCUACAAGAAUUUUCUCGACAAAUUGAAUACAUUCGUCAAGGAUUGCAUAGUGUAAUUCCUGGAUUUUUCGUAAGUUUAUUUACUGCUCGUGAAUUGGAAGAAGCUGUGUGUGGUAAAGGUACAACUAAUAUCGAACUAUUAAAAUGCAACACUACCUAUGGUGGUAGUUUUCAUUCAACUUCAAGAUGUAUUCAACACUUUUGGACAGUACUCAGUACGAAAUUUACUGAAGAACAAAAAAAGUUAUUUCUCAAAUUUGUUUGGGGUCGAUCAACAUUACCCAAUCGACAUGAAGAUUUUACAUCAAAAUUUAUCAUCAGUCCAUUUACAGUUAGUAAUGGUCAUAUUGAUGGAGCACUUCCACGAGCACAUACAUGCAGUUUUACUUUGGAUUUACCUGACUAUUCAUCGGUAGAUAUAAUGUAUGAUCGUUUAAAUUAUGCGAUUACAAAUUGUUCCAGUAUCGAUGGAGACGGAAACAUGAAUGGCAUGCCUGUAAUCUUAGAUUCUGACUAA